AUGUUGUAUCUUCAACCAGAUUUGAUAGAAGAAAUACUUUCUAGGGUUCCAGCCACAUCUUUAAAACGGUUACGAUCUACUUGCAAAAGAUGGAACGCUUUACUUAACAACCCAAGAUUCAACGAGAAGCAAUUCCGUAGAGCACCAAAGGAGUCUCUAGCUCUCAUGUUGAAAGAAAACAGGAUUUAUCCAAUGAGUGUCAAUCUAAACACUUCACCUCCAUCCAUAGAGUUUAAAGGUGCACUUGGCGGCCUAAAGAAUAAUUCUCCUAGGUCAGAAGAAGUUGAUAUAGUCGAAGUUUUUCAUUGCGACGGUUUAUUGCUAUGCAAAACAAUGUUCAGUAAACUAGUAGUUUGGAACCCAUGUUUAGGGGAAACAAGGUGGAUCAUCCAAACCACAAGGACCUCUAUGUUUGCUCUAGGAUACGAGAACAACAAAUGUGGCCAUAUCUACAAAAUCUUGAAGUAUUGCGAUGGUAAUACAUUUCCAGGCCUUGGAGUUGAUAAGUCAGAAAUCUAUGAUUUUAGAUUUGAUAGAUGGAGGGUUCUUAAUCAUGUGGCCGCUCCUGAUCGUUUCCUAAUAAAAGAUAUUGGCGUUUCUUUGAAGGGAAAUACUUACUGGGUUGCUGACGAUGUACAAACCAACUCUAAAUUCUUACUCAGGUUUGAUUUUACGGGAGAGAUAUUUACACAUUUGUAG